AUGGAUGUCAUUAUCUGGGCUAUCUCUAGUGUGUUCCGCUGGAUGCGCUUGAAGGUGUACCAGUACGAGGUGACCUUCGCUCUCUACAUGCUUACUCCAAUUGAGAAGUUCAUUUUCAACACAUUCCUCAUCACUCUCGUCACCAUGAUCGCGGCCGGAAUCUAUAUCUACCUUCCCGAUCACCUCCGUGCCAUCUACGGCCGCCUCUACUACUACUGGGCUGGUGAGCGUCUUUUCAGCUCAGGACGUCUAUCAAUCAGCUCGGUCUUUGGGGAGAGUGCAACAGCCAUUGGAGGAAUGGUGUACGAGACUGCGAAGAACGCGGCUGCCACCACGACCCAGCGCAUGGAGCGUAUGGCUGAACUGUGA